AUGCUUCACCCAUCUCCUAAGACUCUACCAAGGCGUGAGCCUCCUGUGGAGCCAUCCGUGGACGCAACCGCAGAUUUGACAGAGAUGGAGCACUUUGGCAAUCUUUGGCAUCGGGGCCGUUCAGGGCGUGAGCCUCCUGUGGAGCCAUCCGUGGACGCAACCGCAGAUUUGACAGAGAUGGAGCACUUUGGCAAUCUUUGGCAUCGGGGCCGUUCAGGGCGUGAGCCUCCUGUGGAGCCAUCCGUGGACGCAACCGCAGAUUUGACAGAGAUGGAGCACUUUGGCAAUCUUUGGCAUCGGGGCCGUUCAGGGCGUGAGCCUCCUGUGGAGCCAUCCGUGGACGCAACCGCAGAUUUGACAGAGAUGGAGCACUUUGGCAAUCUUUGGCAUCGGGGCCGUUCAGGGCGUGAGCCUCCUGUGGAGCCAUCCGUGGACGCAACCGCAGAUUUGACAGAGAUGGAGCGUGAGCCUCCUGUGGAGCCAUCCGUGGACGCAACCGCAGAUUUGACAGAGAUGGAGGAGCCCACUGGAUCCAUCUAUGGCCAGUUCUACGCCAGAAUCCAACGGUCUGCAAAACAAGAGCCAGCAGCGGGCCAGGGCUCGCUGGAGCCGCGGGAGCCGCGGGAGAUUUGCAGCGAGCCGGAUGGCUCCCCUUCCGCGGCAGCACGACGUGAACGGCUGGCCACGGCAAGGAGGCACUGGGCCAGCUUGUUGCAGGAGACGGAGCCGACGCCCGAGCACCUGGAUCAGCGGCUGACGCACGGCAACAACAAGGCAACCUACCACGUUUGCAACAAGAUCUCGCAGAGUGUGACCAGUGACAGCCCUGGCUUGAGCUACAGUGAAGCAUCAGAAGAUUUCAGGUUUUUGCACAGUCCAGAGCGGCAGAGAAUGCCCUGGCCAUGUUUCGCAGAGACAGGUCCCGAGGAUCCGGUCAACUCUGCGCCAGAAGUCCAGUUUGUGGAAUCACAACCCGACAGCGAGCUGCCAGGAGGUGUCACCGACACAGGUUGGACACCUUCCCUGUGGCGGAUCCAAGAAACUGGCCGAGACAGUCCAGUCAGUACUGGACGCAACUGGACGAAGGCAAAGAAGGUGGCAGAGGUCAGUGAUCCAGAAGGGUCAGAAAGUCCACAGAUCAUCGACGUUGACGAAGUCGAUGAGGUGCUGCCUGAUCGCUCCAGUGAUGCUGUGCGAAUGCUGCGUCAACAGAGGGAUCACCUGAGACGUCAUGGAAACUUUGAGAAGGCGUUGCAAGUGUCAGAGCAGCUGGCUGAGCAAUCGCCAGAUGAUUUGGAUGCCCAGCUUUGCUUAGCUGUGGCUUGUUUGGAGGUUGGCCAGGACCAGAGGGCCUUGGAGGACCUCAAAAGCCUGCAGUCCUCAUGCGAGCGUCGAGGGGAAACCUUGCCGGAGCUGCAAAGUUGGCUCCGGAUCGCGCGGCAUUGGGCGGUGCAACGGAACCGGAAGAAUCACUACGCGGCCCUGGGUGUUCGAAUCGACGCGAGCGCUCCAGAGGUGAAGCAAGCCUACCGCAAGACUCUCCUGCUUUGGCAUCCUGAUAAGUCGGGCGGAGACGCUGCACGUUUCCGUGCGGCACAAGAAGCCUGGGAGAUGCUGGGCAGUGAGACCAUGCGCAGAGUUUAUGACUGCGGAGCACUUCCAAGGUCCACUGAGCCGCGUGCCGAACGCCCGGCAGUCCCUCCGGCUGUCUCGCAAGGCCGGCGGCACUAUGCAGGCAGCACGGCACCCGGCCUUGCAAGGUUCAGAGUGCAGGAGUAUGGGCCCGCUGAGGUGUCAACUACACCACUGGCAGAUCCCAGCCAGGUGCAGGUGACCGCGAGGCGACACGAGGAUUCAACCGCCAAGAGGCUCGCAGGGAGGGCGGACAGAGGAGAACGUCUCAGUGCUGCUGACCAGUUUUUGAAUCGGCAACUGAUCACUGGGUGUCUUCAGGUUCGUGGCAUUCGUGGCAUGUUCACUGGCGGCAUGCCACCGGGUGGACGUUUGCCGGGCUUCUGGCUGUCGGCGCCAAACAUUGUUCCAGUCUUUAGAAAGGGCGGAGAUAAGGUGCCGGUGGAUGCCUUUUCCAUCGACUGCCGUCCUUACAAACCUGGAACUUGGACAGAGGCUGAAAUCUUCGAUCGCAUGCGGAGCACCUACAACGACUUCGGUGUGGUGCGACUGACCAACACCGGCCUGACGGAGGCGAAGGAGAUGCAUCGCUACGCGCGCGCGGUGGUGAAGAAGCAAAUGAAAUACGAAGGCGGUGCAAAUCCCCGUGAAGGAAUCAUUGAGAACGUCUUUGAGGUGGGGGCGCCAAAUGAUGCCUGGCUUCACUACCAUCAUGAAAUGGCAUACAAUCAGCACAGCAUGAAAAACUUGGCGUUUUGCAGUAUCAAGGCAACGCCUGGAAAAGGUGAUACCUACCUUUCAGAGAAUAUCUCUGUCACUGACUCUUUGAUGAAGACAGACUUGGGACGCAAGCUACGUGACAAGGGAGUGUGUUAUAUCCGCUGCCUCACAGAUCGUGAAGCCUAUGAGGGUAAAGGAUGGCUCCAGGGUGCCUCUGUGUACAAUCAUUGGCAGCUCUCCUUUGGUGUUGAAACGCCGCAGGAGGCUGAAGCAGUGGCGCGAGACUGUGGCCUUGAUGUGGAGUGGUGCGAAGAUCCGCUGAAACCCGACUCCAAGCGCUACAUGAAGACCAAGCUGACUAUCAGUGCCUUCGAAUAUUGUCCCUCAGUGGGACGAAAUGUCCUCUACAGCAGCAUCGCAGAUCACAACAUGUGGUUUGAUACCUGGAAGGGUGUGCAUGACGUUCCGCCCGCCAAGCGUCCAUUGCAGAUGACUUUUGGUGAUGGCACACCCUUCACGUUGGAGGAGCUGCAGCAAUGGGUCAGUCUCUAUGACGAGGGAGGCAUCCGCGUCCAGUGGCAGACGGGUGACAUUGUGGCAUUUUGCAACUACCGCUAUGCACAUGGUAGGCCAGCUUUCACCUUGCACAAGUGGGAGGAACGCCAGAUCGGCGUGGUUCUGGGAGAAAAGUUCCAGCGCCAAGGCCAAGCUGCCAACCACGGCACCACAUGUUGCGUCCAAAAUGCAGGAUUUCGUGGAAACAUCUGA